CACCCUCGGCUGGCGGAACAUGAUGCACCACCGUCUCUUAUAAAAGCCCUCGCGUGCAUGGAGCUGCAACUCGCCACCGUGGUCGCUUUGUGCCUCUUCAUCGCAAAGGGUACUUUUGGAUUGCAUUUGAUCAACGUGAGCGUGCCCAGGUAUGCGGAGCUGCACGAGACGCUGACAAUGAGUGUCCACUAUGAGCUGGACGAUGCUAGCCUCCAUUCAGUGAAGUGGUACAAAGACGACUACGAGUUUUUCAGAUACAGCCCUGAUCACAACUCAAUGAACUUUCCUGUGCCGGGAAUUAAAAUUGAUAUGUCCCGGUCCGACAUGAACACAGUGACCCUGUUGGACCUGCAGUUCAGCAGCUCGGGCACCUAUCGGUGUGAAGUGUCGACGGAAGGACCGAAUUUCGAGACAUUGUUCUCCAACGAGAACGUGACAGUCAGAGCCCUGCCGGCGAGCGAGCCAAUAAUCACUGGUCUGCAACCGGCCUACUCUCCAGGGGACAUAAUCGAAGCCAAAUGUUCCAGUCCCAAGUCGAAACCGCAAGCCACUAUGACUUGGUAUUUAAAUGGAAAGACGGUUGAUCGCCAUUUUCUGGUGUACUACGCGUCGUCCGAGGACGAGGAAGGCCUAAGCGAGUCGGUGCUGGGACUGAGCGCACGGGCAGAAGUCACCCUCUUCCCCGGGGGCGGCCCACUCGAAUUGAGGUGCACGGCCACCGUGCAAGAACGCACCUGGUCCAAGACGGCAACGGCCCUGCUCGCCAGUCUCAACAACCAGAAACUGGCCCAGGACGACUUUACAAAUCAAUCUGGUGCGAAAUAACUACGCAAUUUUUGCUCUGGGCAGGGCGUGUGUCAGUCUAUUGCUGCUGUUGACAUCCAUGCUGCUCAACUAUGGCUGGUGACCUUUUCAGCCAGCAAUGAUUUGUUUCUCUCCUUGAAAAUUCAUUUCAUAAGGUGUUUAAAUUAUAAAAAGCAAAAGGUUAAAAAGACACUGUAAAUAUAUUGAUGUCUCCCGAAUAAAAUUUGCAACCCCUGAAUGCCCAUAUUACACUCUACAGUCGCCCCCCUUUGUGUGCCAAAUUUUUAUGUUUUGAUGUCACGACACUUGCAUCCCCAGAGGGCAGAAUAAAUUGGGGGAAGUUGUGUUACCUUCUAAACCAAAUUUGAGAGACAUAUUCACAGUAUGUGUUGAUAAACGCACCAAAAUUGGGAAUACAUUAAGUAAAAUGAAUGUGCUAAGAAGAAUACAAAAGCUCAAAAAUUGUCUCCUGUUAUUUACCUUUGCUGUGUAUAACAAACUUAGAUUUCGUUGGUUAAUAUGACAAUCGUAACACUUUCUAUGAUUUUAAACUUUAAUUUCAAAUUGCGAUUGAUUUCAAAACAAGGAAAAAGGUUUGUGCCAAACAAAAAAUUAUUAUUGUUCAAAAAUAUAUAUCAGCCUGUUGACCACACUGUUAAAAGGCAAUGAAUGCAAUGGGAGAUAUAUAAGAGAGCAUUUCGGAAAUUUAAUCUAUGUCCGCUCAAUGUCAGAUAUGACAAAAGGUGGUUGAUUGACGGGUCUAGAGUAGAGCGGUCAGCGGGAGAGCAAAACUGCUCCCGCUCCUGUCUUGUCCCGCAUUUUUAUUAUUGCUCCCGGUUUUGUCCCGCCUCCCAAAAGACUUGGUGACCACUCGCUCCCGGUCUUGUCCCUGUUCUCAAUUUCAUGGGUACACUCCCGGUCUUUUAAAAUAAUAGCAAUAAUAAUGUGAUACAGGUCAAUAAAAAAGCGCAGCUUGUUUUACAAAUGCUUCUUGCGUA